AUGCUGAAACUAUCGCGAUUUCUGAAUUCCAACAGGAACCCACUUGAUAAAUCUAGUGAUUUUAGAGAUGGUUUAGCGUUGCAUGCUUUAACUUUCCAGGCUGGCUUUUCUACUGGUGGGCAGAGUUCUGCUGUUCAAGAUCGGAUAUUUGCUCCUUAUUCUGUAUUUAAGGGCAAAGCUGCACUCUCUGUUGAACCUGUUCUUCCAACUUUCUUGAAGUUCGGUUCUGGGAACUUUAGAGUUGACCGACGUGGUUCUAUGAUGUUGACUUUCUUGCCUGCUGUAGGUGAGCGUAAGUAUGACUAUGAAAAGAGACAGAAGUUUGCUCUGUCAGCAACAGAACUGGGGUCGUUGAUAAGCAUGGGUCCCAAAGAUUCUUCUGAAUUCUUCCAUGACCCUUCAAUGUUGUCAAGUUAUGCUAUUGCUUCGAUUGUGAUACCAUCCAUUUCUAACCAGCUAAAUUUUGCCACAGCAAUGCUGGCCAAAUCCCUGAUGGGUACCCUACUCCUUGAUGAAACUAUUAUGGGAUGGGAAACAAAGGAUGAUAACAUGCAGGCUUUAAGAAGUAGUCUACUGGGUGAUUCAGAGGAAGGGUCUAAUGAUGCUAAAUCUGAAAAUUUUUCUCCUCCACUAGUUUUCUUUUGCACACAUCAUGAUAACUUGAUGUUGAUAGUUCCUUGUGUUGUCAACAACAUCCUGAAAACUAAUGAACGAUUUACUGUUCCGGUCACGACUGCUGAAUUUACAGUUCUGAAGACAGCUUGCAGCUCACUGCUGUACAUUUUUUUCCUGCUUUCUUGUGAGUUGCUGGAUACAGUAGGACAACUUAAACUUCCUGGUAGAAGCUUGUUGGAGAAGCUCGCCUUUUCUGAUGUUGCUCUAAAUGUGGGGACAUGCCCAUUAGAUGAAGUUUGCAUUGCCCCACAUCUUGGGUUGGAAUCGGUUGACUAUGCAACUGCCUGGAACCAUAGUGUCAAAGCCAUCAAAAGUGGAUCUGCAAAUGCCUGA